AUGCCACCUAAGAACGCCCGUCAGUCCAAAACGAACCUCAAACGCAAACCUCAAAGCAAAGACAACGUCAAACGUAAACUCCCCAAGAUUUCAAAUAUCCUAGAAAUUAAUUCAUCAGAUGAAGAUCAAGAUGUAUACGAACCUUCUCCACCUCGUACUACCAGAGGACGCGUCAAGGUUGAAGAGAAGAAAAAGGAUGGUGCUCGCACGGCUGUGAGGUUCAAGGCGGCAAGUGAAGAAAGCGAAGAGGCAGAUUCGGACAAAAGUGAGGAUAAUGUGGAGAUACCUACUAGUUCUUUCCAAGUUGAUUUUAUACCCGAGUUGAUUCCUUCACCAAAGAUACCCAAGAAGAAAAAUAAGAAAUCGUGGGGUGAGGUAUACGUCCAACAGUUCGAACAGGUUUAUAGAGAGUCGGAGAGAGAGAUGCAGGUAAAGAGUAAGACAGAUGAUGUAGAUCAAUCAAUUAUCAAAAUCUUCGACAAUCUGGAAGAAGAGACAGAACGUAUCAAAUUGACUUUCGAAGAAGGUUAUCAUAACACUCAAAAACAAGCGGAUCAAAUCAAUUCUUUCAAAAACCACUUGCGUGUUUACCUCGAUGAAGUCAAACCUCCUCUUUUAGAACUUUUACAAAAAUCUAUGUCUUUCCUACAAAUACUCCCAACUUCCAAUGAGGAGAUCAUGGUGAAAGCCAAUGAGAUCCAUCUUGCUCAGAUGGAGGAAUUUUCGGAUCGUUCCAAAACUUCGGCAGAAGCUAAGAAACUGAUCAAAGAGACUAAGAAGCUCAUGAAGAGUUUCGGUCAAUUCCCCAUGACUUGCUAA